AUGGAAAGAUAUGGGCUGGCCAAUAAUGUCUGGUUUUCAUCAAUGUUUGCAUCCAGAAAAUUUUGGGUUCCAGCCUUUUUCCGUGAUUUUCCGAUGAGUUCGUUGAUAAAGACAACUUCUAUAUCCGAAUCGCAGAAUAGCUUCUUCAAAAGGUACUCAAAGUCUCGGGCUAAUCUUAUGCAAUUUUAUAUGAACUUUAAUCAUGCUCUGGAGACUCAAAUAAGUAAUAGUGCAAAGCUUGAAUACUAUGAUUCAACAAAAGUGCCUAUUUUGCGAACAGGAUUGGAAAUCGAGAAACAUGCAUCGACGAUAUAUAGUGGUAGUGCUUUUAAUGAAAUUCAAGAAGAGAUAGUAUAUGCAUGUUUCUCUUUGUCUUGUGCAACUCUAGGAGUGUCUACCAGUAGAGAUAUUGAAGUAUAUGACAUAAAGGACAAGGAUUCAAACUCAUGGACAGUGACUUACUCCAUUGGUGAUGACACAUAUUUGUGUGGAUGCAAAAAAUUUGAAAGACUUGGUCUAUUGUGCAGCCAUAUAUUUUGUGUGUUGAAAUAUAAUUUUGUUAAGCUGAUACCCGAGAAGUUGUGUGGAGGAAGAUGGUUGAAGUCACAGUUUGUGAAGUCAAUACACGGAGGUUUUUGUGAUGAUCAAGAAAUACACCUUGCUGUGGACAAGAAGAAGAUUGCAUAUAAAAACUUGUAUGCAUUAUUCAUUGAAACAGCACAAAGCAUUGAAGGGAACAUUGAUAAAAUCAAUGCAUUCGCUGCAAUUAUUGAAGAAGGUAAGAAGCAGCUUCUUGGAGAAGGUGUUGUUUUGUCUUCCACACAGAAGAGCGCAAUGAUUGAGAACUUCUAUGACUCACAUGUUCCGACCAAUAUUGAAGUUCAUCCUCCUGAUGUUGUUAGUACAAAGGGAAGUGGAAGUAGGCAUAAAUCGAAGAGGGAGUCAGCACUGAAGUUAGCAAUUAAACCAGACCGAAAGUGUGGAAACUGUCAUGAGAUUGGACACCAUGAUUCUAGGAACUGCAAAAAGGUUCAUGAGAAGACAAACCAGAGGCAAUGA